AUGCAACACACUCUGAUCGUGAUGAUAUGGACAUCGACGAUUGCAGGCAUGAUCAACGAGCUACUGACACGAGAUAGGUAUCACAUGCCACGGAUUCCCAAAAUCAAGGAUGAAAGUUUCAGAUUCUUCAUCCUGCAUGCCAUCCUUGAUCAAGUAUUAUCCAUCGAGGGUCACCACCGAAUCGACUGGAUCAAGGUGUCCGAAGACGUGGGGUACAAGGGACAGAAUCCAAGUACCUGUUCGAAGAAGGUCUUCGCAGCUACAUGGAAAGCUCUUCACAGAAGAUCAUUCGUCCAGGAUAAGAAAUCGAAGAUUGAUACAGUCGAAGCUCCCCCAGAAUAUGUCUUCGAACGCUGCGUCGGCAAUGGGAGAGAGGCCACUGUGAACUGGGCUAAGCUAGCAGAAACAUUAGGAAACAGCAGCGAAAAAGGUGAGAGAGAUGUUUUCAAUCGCAUGUGGAACAAAUACUGGGGAAAAGAUCCUCAUAAAACAACGGCAUAUGAAAAGAUGGACGAAUAUUAUGCAUAUAUCAAGAACUUCGACCAAGGUCACGAUGAUGAGGAGCCGGGUUAUCCACCUCCACCCCCAUACGAGGACAUUGAGUCGCAAAACAACGGCAUCAAGCAUCCGGAAACAGCCAACGAUGGUGAGGCGAUGGAAUUGGUGCCAAGACUUGAGGGAAUACACUUGGCUGAGCACAAGACUGAGGGAUGGAAAGAGAAAAAGGAUGUUGAGAAGACGGAGAUAUGGAGAAGUGUGCCAAAGGGAUUGCAAAGUGGGAAGGAAACCACUUCAUCAUUGACGAUUGAGAUACUGGUUAGGUGGAAGGAAAUGGUUUGUAAGGCGAAGAAGUCCUACGUUUGA